UCAGUUGUGUCUUGUUUACGUUAAGCUGGUAUAACCUAAAUCGAUUGGCAGAUGUGUUUCAAAAUUUUGUCGUAUAUUGCAGCAUUCUCCCAUCUAAUUCGAUGCAUUACAACCUCCAGUAUUCUGGGAUCUCGAGCAUUACCCGGAACUUUUCCGGCAUUUGUUUUAAUACGAAAUGUUGAUGACGCACCAUUAUGUGGAGGCGCUUUAGUCGAAAGCAGGCACGUUGUUAGUUCAGCAUAUUGUUUCACUGAGAAACAAAAUAUAGAAAAGUUGGAAAUUAUGGCGGGUGAGGUUACUGAUUCCGAACAUUUCGGACCCACUAGGCAAGUACGACGCGUAAUUAGAAUGAUGCGCCAUCAAAGUAUUGGCUCACAUAAUGGAAAGUUUGAUAUCUUAGUUCUCCGGCUCCUGCAGCCUUUCACAAGGAAUGUUUACCUGCAACCUAUUCCAAUGGCUGCUUUUGAUUUGAACAUGGGCUCGGCGUGCUCCUUGGUCACUUGGGAUAAAAAAUUCAGUAAAGUUGGUAUUCACGUCGUCCGAUAUACUACUAUUUUCACCAAACAUCAGUCUGGGUGCGCUAUAAAAGACAAAAAUAUAUUCUGUGCAGGAAAAGAAUCUGAAGUAAAUGGCAUACUUGGUUAUGUUGGAGCCCUGCUUAUUCACAAUAAUAUACUUUACGGGAUUUAUUUAGGCCCAGGAUCCAUGAAACAUUCAAAACCUGGCAUUUUUGCAAAUAUCUACAACCUCCGGGAAUGGAUCAUUAAUGCUAUAAUGUGGAACGGUACAGGUCCAGUUCCAGAUCCUGUUUUUAGAAAAGUGUCGCAAGUUUCUGGCGGAGCGAAGUUGUCUUUUUCAUGGAAAGAAAUUUUACUUAUAUUGGUUUAUGUGUUUUUAAUCACACUCUUCUCGCAUCCAACAUUUUUGUUAAAUUUUCCGAUAAUCUGCGGAGUAUGCACGGUUAUCAAGUAGUAUAUCCAAAAAUUAAGAACUCCACGAAUGUAAAUUGUUUUAAGCGAUGUCAUUAGGCAUCUAUAAUCACCCAUUUUAAAUAAAAAGAUAAAUUUAUUGAUAAUUUUACUAUA